AGGCGGGUGGCUGGACACUGACCCUGUCGGCUCUGAGCCCCCAACCUCUGCAGCCUCCAUCCCCAGAACCCGUGAGUCUUCUCUUUCCCGGACCCCGGACCCAUAGGUCCCCCGGGCCGCUGGAGCCUCCGGAUGCGGCAGCCCGGCUAGCCCGAGCCCAGCCAGGGAGAUGCUUCAGGACAAGGGCCUUUCUGAGAGUGAAGAGGGCUUCCGAGCCCCAGCCUCUGCACAUGGCGAGCAGGCCUCAGCUCCAGAGCCAGCUUUGGGUGGACAGGGCCUUACUGGUACUCCCCUCAGCAGCCCCCAGGGCCAAGAUGCUGAGCAGACAAUCGAGAACAUCAAGGUGACUCUGCACGAAAAGGAACUCUGGAAGAAGUUUCAUGAAGCGGGGACCGAGAUGAUUAUUACCAAAGCCGGCAGGAGAAUGUUCCCCAGCUACAAGGUGAAGGUCACAGGCAUGAACCCCAAGACCAAGUACAUUUUGCUGAUUGACAUCGUCCCAGCAGAUGACCACCGAUAUAAAUUCUGUGAUAACAAAUGGAUGGUGGCAGGAAAGGCAGAGCCUGCGAUGCCAGGAAGACUGUACGUGCAUCCAGACUCUCCAGCUACGGGGGCACACUGGAUGCGGCAGCUGGUCUCCUUCCAGAAGCUGAAACUGACCAACAACCACCUGGACCCUUUUGGGCAUAUCAUUCUCAACUCCAUGCACAAGUACCAGCCUCGGCUGCACAUCGUGAAGGCUGAUGAGAACAAUGCCUUUGGCUCCAAGAACACGGCUUUCUGCACGCAUGUUUUCCCAGAGACUUCUUUCAUUUCGGUGACUUCCUACCAGAACCACAAGAUCACUCAACUGAAAAUCGAGAAUAACCCAUUUGCCAAAGGAUUCCGGGGCAGUGAUGACAGUGACCUUCGUGUGGCUCGCUUACAGAGCAAAGAAUAUCCGGUGAUUUCCAAAAGCAUCAUGAGGCAGAGACUUGUCUCCACUCAGCUCUCUGCGAAGCCCGAUGUAAGCCCCCUGCACGGAGCCCAUCAGGCACUCCAGCAUUAUCAAUACGAGAAUGGGGCACACAUGCAAUUUGCUGCCACGGAUGGGCAAGACCUAGCCCUUAACACCUUCCCAGGGCAGAGAGACUCAGGGCUGUUCUAUCACUGCCUGAAGAGACGAGACAGCACCAGGCACCUGGACUUACCCUGCAAACGCUCCUAUCUGGAAGCCUCAUCCUCUGUGGGAGAAGAUCACUAUUUCCGCUCCCCACCCCCUUACGACCAGCAAAUGCUGAGUCCCUCGUACUGCAGUGACGUGACUCCUCGGGAAGCCUGCAUGUACUCAAGUUCUGGGGCUGAGAUCGCCGGAGUGUCAGCGGUGGAUGACCUGCCGCCACCCCCGCUGAGCUGCAACAUGUGGACGUCGGUGGCGCCGUACACCGGCUACGGCGUUCAGACAAUGGAGACUGUGCCCUACCAGCCCUUCCCCGCUCACUUUACUGCCACCCCUAUGAUGCCCCGGCUCCCCUCCGUGUCUACGCAGAGCUCCCAGCCUCCAGGGAAUACCCACUUCAGCAUCUAUAAUCAGCUGUCGCAGGCCCAGGCCCGAGAGCGAGGGCCGUCCACCUCAUUUCCGAGAGAACGUGGGCUGCCCCCGGUGUGUGAGAGGAAACCCCCAUCCCCACACCUGAACGCUGCCAACGAAUUCCUCUACUCCCAAAGCUUCUCCUUGUCCCGGGAGUCUUCCUUACAGUAUCAUUCAGGAAUGGGGACUGUCGAGAACUGGACUGACGGAUGAGUCGGAGGUCUCGUUACAAGACAGACAGUGUUACCGAUCCCGGACCGUGUUAAUCCAGUGUUAAUCCCCGGGGGGAAUAGCCUACACAGUCGUGUAUUUCUAAGGGGGGGAAAGGUGCGUUUGGAGAGCACCUGCUUUCUGACCUACAACUAAGGCCAUGUCACGAAGAAAGAACAAUGACCCAAAAGUACCUUUAGUCCAUCCACAUCUGGCAGACCUCUGGCGGUGCCCAAAGGGUGGGAGUUGGGGAGGGAGGGUUAGUUGGGCUAGGGUGUCUUUGGGAGGUUUCUACAGCAUGAUUCUGGGGCAGAGUAGUGAGACCUCAUCCUGAGAGAAAUGUGUAUGACAUUUUAGGGGUGGAUCACCACAGUUUGGGGAGAUUGUAGGCACAGCCUGGAAUCUGACUCCAGUCUAAUUUGGGGAAAGGGCCAUCCACAACUUUGGCUUUUGGCUCCUUAUGAACCCCUUGGAGAUCCAGGAAAGGAAAACCCACAGGGGUGUCAAACAGGGUCAGGGAGAUGACAAGUACCUUAACAUAUUUUUUUUCUAGUUUUUUCAAUUUAGAGGUAAGCCAGUAGGGAAAAUGUGAUCAAGAGCAUCUCCUAUUGCUGCUCAGUUUUUGGCAUUGCAUCCCCUGCCCUCGCUGCCAUGAACAUGGGAGAACCUCAUCUCUCAGACUCCAUCUUCAUCCCAGAAUUAGCACUCAAGAAAUACAAGCUUCACCUGGAUGUGCCAGCAGGUAGCUAUGGUGGAGCCAAAGUCAGGCUCGUUUGGAGAGAGUUCUGUCUCCUGGAGAAUCCCUGCCUUCGAGGGAAGAAGCCCAACAGAAAUAAAAAUGGGAGCUGAGAAAACAUUCACUUCUUCCAGAGAAUCCAGCCCAUGAGCUCAGCCAGAGGCAUGAAAAGGAUUCUUGAACCAAGCUAAGCCCAGGCCAGUGAUAUCAACCAAUUCACCAGCAUGGGACAUCACCAGACUAUAUGUGUGGCUGGUGUGGACUCUGUAAUCCAAUCUGGGAAAUCACUACACUCUUUGCAUGCUGAAUAACUAUUUAUAUAUUAUAUAAAUAUAUAUCACCAAGGCAGGCCACAUGUCCAUUGAAGCUUUGCUUUUACAAUCAAAAUAAUUAAAAAAAUGAAUGUUGCGAGGGUUUUUGGAAAGACAUCUAUUUAAGAUUUUUUAAUUACACAUUUUGAUGUAAAAACUAAGAACUGGUUAGAUAAAACCUAUAUAUACUACAGAUAAAUCUUUAUUAGAAGCCACGUUAGAUACAGGUGGUGGGGAACAUUAAGUGUUUUAUUACAUAGCAUGGACAUUUUAUUUUACGUAUCAGAACAUAAAGCCAUUUUUUUUUCAACUACAAA